AAAUGUAAUAAAAGGGAUAUUCACAGACAAAUUUCAUUACUCACAGAAGCUUAAACAUGAAAGUUUUCAUUGUUCUUCUCCUGGUGGCAGCAGCAGUUGAAAGUAUAACUGCUCAAAGAGGAAGAGACUGCAACUUGCCUCCGGAAACUGGUCCGUGUAAAGGAUACUUACCUCGAUACUACUAUGACCCAACAACUAAUGACUGCAAGAAGUUUAUUUAUGGAGGAUGCGGUGGUAACAAGAACAACUUCGAGACUGAAGAAGAAUGUUACGAGAAAUGUAGAGGCUUUACAGACUGCCCACCGAACAAAGAGUACGGUUCAUUCGGAGACUGCCCAGACUCAUGCUACUCUCUUGAGCAUCCAGUGGAAUUUUGCACACUGAAGCUAAACUGGGGCUGCAUUUGCAAGCCCGGUUACGUUCUGAGGGAGGACAAAGUCUUCGAUUCUGACUGCAUCAGACCCGAAGAAUGCCCAUUGGAUGUUUCAAAGACUCAAAUAAAGUGCCCUCCGAACAAGGAACUCGGCGAAUUUGGCGACUGCCCAGACUCAUGCUACUCUCUUAAGCAUCCAGUGAGACCGUGCACACUGAAGCUGAAUUAUGGCUGCAAGUGCAAGCCCGGUUACGUCCUGAAGGAGGACAAAGUCUUCGAUUCUGACUGCAUCAAACCCGAAGAAUGCCCAUUGAAUGUUUUGAGUGAAUAAUAAUUCAACAAUUUAUUGCGACAAGAUUUAUGCUUUAUUUUCUUCCAAUGUUUUACUUUACACAUGGAACUGAAUUCAAUCGUCAUUUUUGAAUACCUUUCAGAGUUGCGAGCAGUAAUUGUCACUGAUAAAGAAAUUUUUGAAUAAAUAAAUAAACUGUUAAUCUAGAUAAA